UAAUUUUAUAUGUGAAGUACAAAUUUCUCUACAGUGAAAAGGCGAAAACAAACGAACAAAAUUUUGAAGUAGAAUUUAAGGCAGUCGCCAAAAUUCCUUGUUCGACUACGGAAUUCGCCGAUAAUUUUGUUCGGAGAUAUUAGAAGGAAUCUGUUCAUCGUUUCUUCGCCCUAGCGUAGAUCAGGAUCAGAGCUUGAGAUUUGUAGUUUGUGCCCGAUCAUAAUGGCGAGGAUCAAACCUCAAGCUCUCUUACAACAGAGUAAGAAGAAGAAGGGGCCGAGUGGAGUCAGUGUUGUUACAAUUGCAAUUUACGGCAUGGUGGUGGUUGUCAUGGUGUUUUUUCUUUUUGCUUCAUACAGACACUGGACUCAAAGGUCAGCAUAUCCGACAGAGGAUACAUUCUCAAGUACAGAGCAUGAUAGUUCAUUUGGAGAUUCAAAGAAAACUGAUAUCCCCAAAUAUGCUGUAAUACAAACCUCAAAAGGCUCGGUUACUGUGGAACUCUACAAGGAAGGCUCUCCUGAAGUUGUUUAUGAAUUUGUUCAGGCGUGCCAAAAUGACCGCUUCAAAGGAAUGCUCUUCAAUCGUGUAAUAAAGAACUUUGUAAUUCAAGGAGGUGAUGUCAAUAGACCCGGAACCACUGAAGAUUGGACUUCUAGGGGAAAGCAUUACAAUCAACUCGAUACAAGCCUUAAGCAUGAAGCAUUUAUGCUGGGCACUUCCAAGACAAAACCUGAUGGUGAGGGAUUCGAUCUUUUCAUUACAACAGCACCUAUCCCUGAUCUAAAUGAGAAAAUUAAUGUAUUCGGACGUGUUAUUAAGGGUGAAGAUGUAGUCCAGGAAAUCGAAGAAGCGGACACAGACGAGCAUUAUCGUCCUAAAGCCCCCAUAGGGAUCACAGACGUCACCUUGAAAACAGAAUAAGUAAUGAAGGCCGAGUGUUUUGUUAUAGCGUAGGAUAAAACCAUAUGAGAAUUAAAGCUCUCAUUCCCCACCUACGACAUUCAUUACCUGCUCUGUUUAGCUUCACUUUUUAUAAUUUUGAUUCUUUUUACUUCUUUUGUAUACAAGUUGGCGUUGGAGGCGUUUUGUAUAUCAUUUGUGUCUUUAAAUCGGAUAUUGGUAUAGUAACUAGUUUCUCAUUCA